AUGCAGCUUUACCAACAAGGCCGACUGUGCCAGCUGGGUAGCGAGUUCUGUGAACUAGAAGUUUUUGCAAAGGUGCUUCGAGCUUUAGAUAAAAGGCAUCUCCUUCAUCACUGCUUUCAGGCGUUGAUGGAUCACGGAGUAAAAGUUGCUUCAGUUUUGGCCUAUUCAUUCAGCAGGAGGUGUUCCUACAUUGCAGAGUCAGAUGCUACCGUAAAAGAAAAAGCCAUCCAGAUUGGGUUUGUCUUAGGGGGAUUCCUGUCUGAUGCUGGCUGGUACAGUGAUGCCGAGAAGGUCUUCCUUUCCUGCCUUCAGUUAUGUACCCUUCAUGAUGAGAUGCUCCACUGGUUUCGUGCUGUUGAGUGUUGUGUCAGGUUGCUGCAUGUCCGGAAUGGCAACUGUAAAUACCACUUGGGAGAAGAAACCUUCAAAUUAGCGCAGUCCUAUAUGGAAAAGCUAGCAGAGCACGGCCAGCAAGCCAACAAAGCUGCACUGUACGGAGAGCUAUGCGCUCUGCUCUUUGCAAAGAGUCAUUACGAUGAGGCUUACAAAUGGUGUAUAGAAGCAAUGAAGGAGAUCUCAGUUGGUUUGCCUGUAAAAGUAGUAGUGGAUGUUUUACGGCAAGCUUCAAAGGCUUGCGUUGUGAAACGUGAAUUUAAGAAAGCUGAACAAUUGAUAAAACACGCAGUGUACCUAGCACGGGAGCAUUUUGGAGCCAAACAUCCUAAAUAUUCGGACACUCUACUUGACUAUGGGUUUUAUUUACUCAACGUAGAUAACAUAUGCCAGUCAGUUGCAAUUUACCAGACAGCCUUGGACAUCAGACAGUCGGUGUUUGGCGGCAAAAACAUCCAUGUAGCAACAGCUCACGAAGAUCUGGCAUAUUCUUCCUAUGUUCACCAAUACAGUUCGGGAAAAUUUGAUAAUGCACUAUUCCAUGCAGAACGUGCAAUUGGCAUCAUCACCCACAUUCUCCCAGAAGAUCACCUUCUCCUCGCCUCCUCCAAAAGAGUUAAAGCACUUAUCUUGGAGGAGAUUGCAAUCGACUGUCACAAUAAGGAAACCGAGCAGAGGCUGCUCCAAGAAGCCCAUGACCUGCACCUCUCCUCUCUCCAGCUGGCCAAAAAAGCAUUUGGGGAGUUUAACGUUCAGACGGCGAAACACUACGGUAACCUUGGCCGACUUUAUCAGUCAAUGAGGAAAUUUAAGGAAGCAGAAGAAAUGCACAUCAAAGCAAUUCAGAUCAAGGAGCAGCUCCUUGGUCAAGAAGAUUAUGAAGUCGCUCUUUCUGUGGGACACCUUGCCUCGCUCUACAACUAUGACAUGAAUCAGUACGAAAAUGCUGAGAAGCUUUAUUUGAGAUCCAUAGCAAUUGGAAAAAAGCUUUUCGGGGAAGGUUACAGUGGACUAGAGUAUGACUACAGGGGCCUCAUUAAACUGUACAACUCCAUUGGCAAUUAUGAGAAAGUAUUUGAAUACCACAACAUAUUGGCCAACUGGAAUCGAUUGCGGGAUCGGCAGUUUUCGGUCACAGAUGCCCUGGAGGACGUAAGCACCAGCCCCCAGUCAACUGAACAAGUUGUCCAAUCUUUCCUGAUGUCUCAGACCGUUGAAGGACAGAUUUGCUAAGGAACUUGGUCAAUUUUACCAAUUGCUAUUCUUUUUUUUUUCCUUUGUUUUCCCCCAAAUUUACAUGGGAAAAGUCAUACUGUGAAAUUUGAAACCAUAGUUUUUUUCCCCCCCUCCUUCCCGGAGUGGUUAAAAAAUUGCAUUGAAACACUGGUCCAGUCCAUAAAAAUCCCAUUUUGGGGAUGAUGUCAACUUUUGAUGGAGUGACCAUGAGCCGGACGUGUGCUAAAUGCAUGAGCAUGAGCACGGCGUAUUUUGUUUUGGUUCAGUGUGUGUGUGUUUGUGUGCGUGUAGUUCACAAACAUGUACACACAAGCAUGUACACAUGAAAAAAAGUACCUCUAAUUAUCUUCUCUAAUUUUUUUUUUGUUCUAAAAAGCCACUUUACAGGAAAUCGCUGCAAAGAAUAGAGAGAAAUAAAACCAUUUAACCGUUUUUAAAGAGUUGCAUUCUUAAUUGAGAAAGAGGGUGCCAGUCAUGUAAACUGCAUGAUUAUUUUCUUUCUACAAUAAAAGAAGAGAAUCUUAUUCAGUAUUAGGGCCCUCAACAAUCUGGAUGCAAAGGGGAAAAUGGGUGCAGACGUGUACGUAGCCUCGGUCAGGAAUGUCUUUUCCCAGGCUCGUGCAGAGCGGCCAUCUGCUGUUUCCCCACAAUGCCGGAGAUAGAUGGCUUGAGAAAUUCCCCAACAGACACUACCUGCCUGGCCAGGCUUGCUCCUCCUCCCGUUUGCUCUCUGCAUCCAGAUCUCUGCACAGCCCUAGUCAGUAUGGAGCAUUGAAAAAUGAGCCACCUUCACAUGCCCACGUAGAGAAGGAGGGUGGGAAGAUGCCCCCUUCUCGCCUUGCACUACCUUACAAAGCAACAUGGCAGAGUUUCACUUGGAGACGGAACCCUUGUUUUGUGAACUGCUCUUGGCUGCCCUUUUGGCUCUUGAGAAGAGUGUGAACUGGACCAGUGGGUUCGCACAGAAGUGAUAGGUAGCCAAAAGAAGGCUUAUCUCAGCUUGCUUGCUUCUUGGAAUAGGCAAGGGGUUUAUGUUGUUGUCCUUCGUUUUUGGUUUCUCUUUUUGUGACAGGACCAGGAUAAUUGAAAGUGGACCAGCCUGCCCUCCAAAAGAGUUGUGCAACAGUGUCUUAUGUACCGUUUCUGCCCCUGUGUUCCCUUUGACCCAGUAGACAAAUUUAAUCCAGGGUGCAUUUUCAACAAUACCUGAGACGUGGCAGACAUAUACCAGAGCAGGGUUCCUCAACCGUGGCGACUUGAAGAAGAUGUGUGGACUUCAACUCC